GUAAUCAUAAAACAAUCAAGUAAUUGUUUACUGACGACACGCGACAUCCACCAGCUACAUUACCAACUGCUAGAUUAAUCCUGUGGGAACAUCCAGACUGAAUUCCUCCAGGAAUCUGCCCGAAGGAAUCAGCAGCGACGGCGCCUAGAUUAUCGAUUGGCCCUCAGUUUUCCAUUCACCAAAACAACAGUUUCCCUGUGGAGGCUGUAUCUUCCGCUCACAGCUUCACAAUCCCUCUCGAUGCUUCUAAAUAUGUCUUCAUGAAAUUCUCGUUGUAAAAAGUUUCACAAGUUCUCUUCUCAAAAAUGACUAAUCCAGAAAACAAUCGAUUUUCGGACGAUAGUUUGGCUGAUUUGGCAAUACCAAUUCCUAUCCAAGUAUACCUGUGGAAACAAGUUAGUCCUUUCAUCAAACAGCGACUGGGAAAAUUUCAUGAGGCAUCAUGUAUGAUUUGCCAACAAAGUUCCACCACAACCCUUCAUCACGAGGUGAAAGAGUCUUGCAAGGUAUAUGAGAAAGUGCUGGUUCAAAACUUACAAUCUGGAUUGAAAGCCGAUCUUGCAGAAGUUAUUCGUUCUAUUCCUAGAUGGCGUUUGAUACAAGCAUCACUCCCUCAUGUCAUGCACAGCGUAGCUUCUCUUCUACAUGGAAGGAUAAAAGAUGGAAAUAUUCAAGGCUUAGGAACUUCAGAAACCACUCUCAUGUAUACAUUGCACUGGAUUAUCUUGGAUGCUGCAGAAGAAUGCGCCGACAGUGAUUAUGAUAAGGGAAUAAUCAACCCUUCUCCUUUCUACUACCUUUUCUCUAUUCCCACGAUAACACUUUUCGUCUAUCUUUUCGCACCGAUAUGUCACAACUUCAAAGAAUCAGAUUUCAACAGUUUUCGCCUGGAGAACGGUUUGAAGAUAUGGCAACCAAUGUGGGAGUUCCGCCAUCCAGAAGGCAUAUGCUUUUCUUCGCAAUGCAAACCGAAGCCGAAGAAUUUCAGCAGUAAAUACUGGAACCAUAAAGUACACUUUGGUGAUGUGUUUCAAGGGCGAUCGAAGUCAACUCAGGUAGAGACGACACAUGAGAGCCCUGUUCAAGGAACUAGCGCAACAACUUCAGAAUCUCCAACACCCACAACAGUAACUGUUACAGCAACGUUCACAAAGAUAUCAGAUGACGAGGCUUGGAAUCCAUCACCUAAAGAUACUGUGUUUCCGGAAACAAUACCCGAAGAAAGUUCUAGUGCAGAGGAAGAACACGUUGUCAUAUUUAGAUUACCUCCUCUGUAUGAAAAUGAUGGUUUUUUGAGAGAUCCAUCAAUCUAUACGGCAGAGGCCAGUUUGUUUCAACUCUCAAUGAGGCGCCACAGCGUCACUAGUUCUUUGAAAUCGGAAACAGGAUCGGAUAAGGAUCAGAAAACAACACAACAAGAAUCAGAGGUGAUACCAGAAGCAGAUCCAGAACCAGAAAGGUAUUCACCAGAAGACAAACAACCCUCUUUAGAUGGUGCCAUGGGAGAAUCAGAGGAUUCACAGAAAAAUAUCCCUGGGUAUCCCAACGCUGACAUUUUUGCUGCUACUUUCCUGGAUGUUGCAGUUCUGCGAUGUUUAUUUAUAACUUUGUGGCAGGAAGAAGGAAUAUAUUGGGCAUUACAUUUUAUGUAUAAUAGACUGCGUGAUAUAAGUGAGGCUACUUGUGGUCAGCAGCAACCCAGAAGACGAAGCAAUUCCCUACCAAUACCAAAAAUAGAGGUGUCACUGUACCAAGGCUCAGAUUCGAGAAAAUCUGAUAGCAAUAAAGACUUCAUCGAAGUUCCAGAAGUGAAAGAUGUUUCACUAUUGGCGGAGUCACCAUAUGUGGCUAGGAAACAGAGAUCUGAAGAAUCCAUCCACAGAAGGGCAAGUGAAAAGGUAAAAAAGAAAAUGAAGAUGGCGGACUUGAGGGCUUUCGUGGAGACUAAGUUGCUUUCCAAAUCCGAUAAGGCCCUUGAAAAAAUUGGACAUGAUGACCAACAAACACUAGCAGAACAGAUGGAUUAUCACCGAAGUUUGGAUACAGGAGAUGAACAUCUGACAAGACCCAGCUCGUCGGCGAGAAUUUCUUUCGAACCUACGAAUCUUGUCAAAGGAAAGAGCAUGCCAAGUUUGAGCUGUUUAAUAGAUGAAUUGUGUGCAGCAGGAUAUAUCGGAGAGAUUCAUUGGGAUCGUCAAAAAAGUAGCAGUAAAUAUAGAAGUCAUCACUCUCAACCUAUAGCAAACCCCAUCAUCACUGUGACAGAGCAUACUCCUAUUCCUUCACCUGAUUACUUGAGACGACAGGGCUCUAUGGAUAGUCAGUUAGAUGCUGCUAGUCUGAGUGGUGGAAAGAUGGGACACUGGCAAGAGAGAAAAUCAAGUUUUACUAGAUCACAGACAGAUUCCAAUAUAACAUAUGCUGGAGAAGAUAUUCCAGAAGCUCCUGGAUCUUCAUGCUAUAUCACAAAAGACGGCGAUAUUGACCUUGACGUUGUCCUGAAGGCAGUACAUGCAACAUCGCUGAGAGAUACUAAGUUCUGCACAUUGAGGGUUCUUGAGGUUAUACUGAAUCUGAUAGAACUUCUUAUGGACAUGGGAGUAUUGAAACAAUUUUUGAGAGAUGAAGCUAUGAAUAAUCAGACAUCCACAGAAGCAAAUGAUCGAAGUCCUAGAAAGCCCAACAAAGGCACUCAAAGUAAAGCUUCCAACUGUCCGGAGCCUGAGAAAAGUGUUAAACCAAUGACUUCACAUCGACUCAUAAUGAAUACGAUAACCAGAAUACUUAAACAUCUAGGAUGCCCACACGGUUGUUCGGAUGGUCAAAGAGGACCAGCCGCAGAGUUUUUACGUACCCAAUGUCAAAAUAUCCUGACAAAACUGAAUAGAGCCAGCGGAAAAGAGUUCAAGGCAUUCUUGAGAGAUUUUGUAAGAAAUCAUACUUUACCGGACUUGAUAGAUUUCUUUCAUGCCUAUGUUGGCUUUUGCAUUGAUCCAAGUUCCCUUCUGUCUCCAUUGAGUGUUGGUGGAUCUGGGAUAAGAGGGGUCGAGGGAGAAAUUAUUUCUCAUACUUUCAAACAAUUGGUGACGAAAUUCGUUGAGAUAUCAAAAGAAAUGAAGAUGCCAGAGAAUUUGAGUCUCCAUUGUGAAAUCAGACAACUGAUGAUAUACGUAAAAGAAGGGCAUGGUAGCGUUUUUAGAAAAGUUGUACUUAGUGCUUUAUUUGACACAGCAGAUAGGCCUAACAAAAAGGAGAACAAGAAUGUUCAAACAACCAGAGUUAUCAGGCAUAUGCACCAUUCUGAAGUGGAAGAUCCUCCUGAGCCAACUUCCGAAACUGCUAACUAUGGGACUGACGAUAAAAGCUCCAGAAAACUGUUAUUCAAAAAAAGGAGCACAUCUUCUGCUUGUGCGAGCUUAUUGGAAACCGAAACAGAGGAAUCGUUUCGAACAAGUCAAAGUCCAUUAGGGAAUUUGAGAAAGAAGCAUCAUAUUUUAACGCCACGCCAAAGUGAAAGAGCUUUAGGAAUAGUGGAUAACUCCUCAACAACAAAACCAAAACCGAUGGCUAAGAUAGUCAAUUGGUUCAAGAGGAGUGGACAGAGUUCAACAGAUAGUAUAGACAAUUUCGAUAAUGGAGAAAAUUUCACUGAUUCUAUCAGUUAUACCAAACCAACAAAGUUUGCGACGAAAACUCCUACGAGAGGUAACGUUGGCCAAACACUUCAAAAAGCAAAAAGAAGGGUGGAAGAUAAGUUCAGCAAGUUGGUUCUGAAGAAAGGGAAAAAGAAAGAUGGAAGCAUGGAAGAACCUUCUGGAAUAUAUUUAAGUAGGAAGAAUUCUUUCGACAUAGGAGAAUCGUCUAGAGAAUCGGAAUUUAUUGUCUUGAAGGAGAGAAAACUGGUCUCAACCACGGCAGUGCUCAACGGGACUAUGAGGUUCUCAUUUCUUCUAGAAGCCUGCCCUCCUGGUUCUGUACCAGAUGCGAAUUUACUCGCUUCUGUCUUAGAUCUGCCACGAUCAGCAAACGUGGCACGAGCAGCAUUUUUGAUGGAGUGCUCAUAUUUUGUACACUGCUGCAACAAGGGGCAAUGGCCAUCAUGGAUGAAACUCAACUAUCCUAUAUUUAGACCCUCCGGACCUCUGCCGUCAAGAGGACCUCCAACAGGUGUAAGAAGAUCCCAUAUUCUUCAGAGGUCAGCCGGAAAAAUGUUCCAACAGUGGGCAGAGAUGCUUGGGCAACGCUUGGAAACUAUGAUUAAGGAGGAUAAAAACUACGAAACCCAAAUCGCGUCCAUGGUAGCCGAUGAGCAGAAGCAAAAGGAGCUGCUGACGCAAGAUGAAGAAGAAGAUUUCUUGGAUGAAGCAAGCAUAUACUGUUAUGGUUCAAGUUGCUCUGUGGCUAUUCGCCUAUUAACCUGUAUAUUGUUGAAUGAAAUCACAUCAUUCCUGAGAGAAACGUACCAGACCAUACCUAAGUCUUCAAGAAUGACGGGGAAGGAAAAACCAACUCCAUGGGAGCGACUUUAUAGCCGAGAAGCGAACAGGAGGUGGAGUAUGGCGCUUUCUUCAAUGGGUCAUUCUCAAACCUCCGCACAAAGUUUGCAGUCAAUAGCUGGAGACCGAGACUCAGGUCAAACAGAGAGAAAAAUCAGUUUUGUUCUACAUGAACCAGACAAUGAAUCUGAAGGAAGUAGUAAUACCACAGUUACAAUGCAAGGGGAGGAUGGCAAAAGAGUGACUCAACCUUCAAGACCUUACUUACUGAGAAGAGGUACUGCAGCCCAAGGUGGAGGAUCCUUCAAGAGACGAAGUUUGAAGCUGAGGAGAGGGACUAAGGAAGGAAAGGAUAUGGAAGCAGAUGCUCGUAUUCCCGAAGGAGCUUCAGUUAAAAGAACCGAUUCAAUACAGUCUAAGAGGAAGGUUAGCUCUAUAUCGGACAGAAGUGAUACCUCGGAACCAGGCAUAGCAGGAGAAGCUAGUGGCGAAGAGUCCCCUGGGGUUUUGAGUGAUGACCAACCGCCAGAAAGUCCCACAGACAGCAACGAUACUGAUGAUACCAAUAAACAUAUGCCUUGGCUAAAGACUAUGGUUCAAGUAAUGAAUUCCUUCUAUUACUUUUGCCCCCAUCAGAAUUUCUGUCAUCCUUUUUGCUACAGAAGAGUGAUGAGAUCUUGUUCAAGACUUGUGAGAGCUGUGAGAAAGGUGUACGGUGAAGAAUUUGGAAUCUUGGAGGAUAAGAUGUGUAUGGAUUCCGACAAUAAAAAGAAGAGUAAAAAAGAGAAAAAUCAAAGUAGAAAAAUAUCUGACCAAACCAGCUCACAAGUUUCACCGAUUCGUCGUAAAGAUAGUGUUGGGAAGAAGGAUAGAAUCGAUAAAAAUAUUGAUCCUUCGCACUUCGCAAAAUUUUCAUCGAAGGAUUCUUCUAAAGAUACUCCAAUAUCUGCAAGUGGAAGUGAGACAGCUGAAAAUGAUUCAGCCAAAAAACAGAGCAGUAGUUCAGAAGAACCGCGGCCCAUCCUAAAAUACUUGAAAACUCACGUAAAAGAUGCGUUUCACGCACCUCUUGCCACACUAAUAAAAGGUGCAGUUAUUCUGUCUGAAGAGCAGUUUGUAGGAAUAAUUCCAGUAGCGUGGGAGCUUCUCCUCGAGAAUAACCAAGAAGUUGCAGCUUGUGCAGCUUCAUUGUUCAUUUUGGCUGCAGUGAAAGCAUCCCAUCAAGUUUCUGAUAUAAUGCAACACGAUUUAUCUAACACCGAUACGAAAACUAGGAUAAAUGCGAUUUUGAGAUUCCAGGUUUUGUGGAAAAUGAGAUAUCAAGUCUGGCCCAGAAUGGAAGAUGGUGCCCAUGCCCUCUUCAAAGUCCCUCCUCCAGGAAUUGAAUUCACUCUUCCAUCUCCUAAAAUUGGAAUAGAAUCCUUAGAUGUAGUGGAUUCUCCUUGGGAGUUAUUUGUCAAAACGAAAGUGGAAGAAGUCACUAUCAAUCAAGAAAGACAUAGAUCUUUGGUUACUGCAACCAAGACCAGAAAAAAGCAACAGACUGAAUUGAUCAAAAUGGCACUACAAGCUCAAGAUGAUAAGAAGAGAGAGGAAAGAGAAAAUUUCUUGAUAACUACCAUACCCAUCACUAUACAGGCAUCACAUGAACCUAGUCUUUACCACAUAAGUGAAGAUCAUGAAGAAGAUGAUGAACAAGUUGAUGGACAACCUAGAAACACUGGCCAUCACUUACAUUCGGCCCAUUCCUUGUUUCCCUCUUGUUUAUGUUCUGCAGUUGUUCAAAUAAUCAAUUUACUAGAUGAUGGUGCUGUUUCUCCAGAUGGAUACGCAGUUUACGAAGUAGCUUAUCAAGUUAUUUGGUGCUGUUUGGUAGAAGAUAGUGCUCUAUUCUUAAGAUAUAUUCUGGAGAGAUUAACGAGGGAAAAACAGGAAAAAAUAUUCAAGAUUCUGCGGCAUUUGAUAAGGUUCAUCCCAAAACUCCCACAACAGGCAGCAUUUGCUUUAUAUAAUUAUAUAAUAGGGUAUGUGAUGUUCUAUGUACGAAGUCCACAUGAAGAAGGACAACAUCUGAUAGGCGCUGCCUUAUCCCUCUUGUGGAUGGUUGUUCACAGUGUCCAUGGAAUAAUGUUCAAAGACUUGAAACAAAUUCUCCGUAAGGAACAAUGUGAUGCUUCCAUUCUUCUAACAGCAAAUGUACCUUCUGCGAAAAAAAUAAUUGUGCAUGGUCCACAAGAUCCCGAUGCAGGAGGAAUUCCUUCGCAAUUUCCUGUACAAGAAGACACCCAAUUCUGCCAAAUUUUGAGGGAAGCGCUGGACUUCUUCGGAAUUGACGAAAAUCGACACAAUGAGUUCUAUUUGGUAGACUAUAAGACACAUCAAAUAAGAAAUUCCAAUUCCUACGUAAGGGAUUUUUAUUUCUUCAAGAGAUCACAAUAUCCGCAGUUAGAAUUAGUACACAUGAAGGAGGAGGAAGCUUUCAAUGCACUACAAAAACAUGAAUUGGUCCAUAAAUUCAUUGAGAUUGGAAAGGUUUUGCUGACAUGGGCAAUCUUGAAAAAUGUGGAUAUGGUAGUACAACGAGUUGUUUUCCUCCAUGAGGAGUUGAUGAAACUCCCCUCCUUUCCUAGGAAGGCCCUGGAGUCAAAUUUAGAUCUAUACAAAGGCGGAGAGCUAGGCAAUGUGCUUCUAGGUUUAGACGUUCUACAUAAAUUCAUGUGGAUACGUUUGAUUGCCAGAAUGUUCGAAGCAAUGGCUGGAAAUUUUGCUUAUUCCAGCGAUAUCCAUCUAUUCCUUAACGUUUUGAAUGGUUCGCUCAUUCUACACUCAGAAGACGCUCUCAUCUUGCGAUAUGUCAUGGCAACCUAUAUAAAUGCGGCGUUCCACUUUAAAAAUAUUUUCUCGACGAAUGGGUAUCUUCUCAUCAUGCCAACUCUGCUGAAAAUUUAUUCGAAUCAUCAAACUAAUAAGCUGGUGAAAACAACUAUCGAAUACGCUGUGAAACAGUUUUACCUGAUGAAUCGAAAACCAUUCAUUUUACAAAUGUUUGGAUCAGUAUCUGCAAUGUUAGAUACUGAUGAAGAAGGAACCUAUGGUGAUGCUCAUAAGAUCCAGUCGAGUUGCUUAUUCAAUCUCUUAUUGAGUUUGGAAACUCCAUCACCGGAUCCUCUGAGUAUAGCUGAGCUUGUCAAGGAAGACAAACCCCUGAAGGCGAUAGACUUCUGCUACCAUGAUGAAAAUGAAAUGGUGACCAUUCUAGACUGUAUAUCCCUUUGCGUCAUGGUGGUAUCAUAUGCUUCGGAUAGUGUAAGAGGCUACCAAAUGCUGAUAAUAUUGGAAGCUAUUUUACCAUGUUACGUCCAACAUAUUCAACUACCAUCAUACAAUAAGGAAGGAAAAACUGAAAAAGAAAUCAUAAACCAGUUAGCUGUGGCGAUCAAGACUCUAGUGAACAAUUGUGAAGCCCUCACGAAGAGCUAUAACGGACCACAUCGAUCGAGUCCAGAACAUAAAGGGUCCAGCCAGAGGAACUACAGCAGAGGUCCCUACACCACAGGUUUUGAUUUCGAGGAUGAGUCCCAUACGAAAUUCAUGAGUGAACAUUCAAGAGCCAAGAGUAUGUACGAACAUGAUGUGGAGGAUUCUGAAGCUCUUAGAGCAGCGUACCGAAGACCACGUGACGUUCUUUUAUCCUUGGUGGGUGAAUUUAUGUGCAGGGCUACUGUACGGUUGCAGGAAUUGAAUAAGAAGAAUAACCAGGAAGGAAAAGUUAUAGACUUGUUAGAUAUUAAAUCUCAUAUUAGAUUAGCUGAUAUAGCUCACAGCCUGUUGAAGGUGUCACCGUAUGAUCCAGAGUCCAUGGGUUGCAGAGGACUUCAACAUUAUAUGAGUUAUAUUCUGCCUUCGACUGAGUGGGCAAAUGAUGCUAUGAGACCAGCACUAGUAACAAUCUUGAGAAGAUUAGAUAAGGUGUUCCAAAAGAUUUCAAAGAAACCUUCCAUAAGGAGAAACACAGACUGGGAUGCAGCUGCAGGUUUACUCAAAGGAAUAUAUGAUACCAUGAAUAAAUAUUCCUAUAUAAGUAAUUGGCAGCAUAUAAAGGCGCUGCUUAAUACUUGUCAGAGCCUUAUAGUUACCGAUCCUUCGUCUGGUGAUGGUGUGUCAUCUGCUACGGCCGCCCUCAUGAGUCAAGCCCCACCACCUCAGUUUUGUUCGAUGGUUGUUCGCUUAAUUGCCCUUCAAAUGCAAAACAAUAUUGAGCAAAGCAAUGCUCUUGAACAAGUUUGUGGAGGAAGUUCAGUUUAUCCUACGCAAGAAAAAGCUGAAAGCAUGAUUAUCAAUUUAAUCAUGCCCCUGUGUCUACGUGUUGGAACAGGAACUAUACCACAAAUGAGCCAAACUGACAUUUCGUUUGCUCUAACAACAGUUCUUCAUGCAAUGCACCCACCAACCAAAAAUCUGGGUCCUAUAGGUCCAACCACGAAAGGCAUUGCUGAAAUAAGAACCGGUAGUCUAACAUUCACUGGAACUAGGGACACCAAAAUCAACACCAAGAUAAACGUAUCCUUAUACCAGGUUGCGUUCUUGGCAUUAAAGAUUAUCAUAAUAUGCUUCGAAACUGAACUGUGCAACGAAUGGCACAGAAUAACCAGAGCUAUGAGAGAAUUGGGAAAAAGAAACGAGGCUCACAGUUACCUGUGGGAUUUUCUGGAAUUCGUGGUUACUCAUAGAACUCCACUUUAUAUUCUUAUGUAUCCGUUUAUUUUCCAGAAGCUAUCAAAUCCGCCAAUUUCAGAUCUGGAGAGACAGUAUCAUUCGAAAAUCAGGGAGAAAAUAAGAAGUCACAAUUUUCCUAAAUGUCGUGGAGCUCUGCUGGUAGAACUGGCCCAUCGCAUGAAAGAGCUGAAGGAGGAGCUUGAGGAUUUUUCAGAGAGCACCGAGUCGCAGAAAAAGGAUGAACCUGUACACCCAACAGUGGUAACGAUGUCGGAAACCGUGAGCAAACAUCCUAGGCACUCUUUGAUUGGCUUGCUGACUGGAGAAGGGAAAUUUGGCACUGAACAUACUCAUGGUCAAUAUGGCCAUAAAGAAUCAUCUACCAGUACAAGUCAUGUGUCAACACCAAAUCAGGGACCUGCCAACAGCAUUGCUGAAGGAAAUGAAUCUCAAAAGGAGAGUACAACCCCAGUUAACCAACCAGAUCGCUCAUCCCAAAGAUCUUCGGUGAGCGAGGACCAAGGCACCCAAUUACCCAAUUCCGAAUCUUUCAUUGCUCAGAAGGUCCAUAAACUGCGCUUUGUUUCUUCCGUAGAAUUUAGACACACAUCAGGUGAAACUUCCGUUACUCCACUGAGUCCUGGAAGUCCAGACGAGAGCUCUGGAGAGAACCAUCCUAGCAAGUCGAAACUGCAGAGGAUAAAACCGCAGAGUCGUAAGACAUUUCGCUUGAGGAGGAGCAGGAAGAACAGCCAUGGAAGUGAGGUUUCGCACGUGAUGCUCACAAACGAAGAGGAAUCCAGCAAGCCUUCUUCACCCCUUACAGCCACAUCAACACGAUCAUCUGAUCUGAGUACAAGCAGUCAACAAGUACUCCCGGAUCCUCAUCGCUUGCGCAUUGCCACGAGAAUAAAUCCCACUGAGGGAUCCUGGGAUGAAGACAGUGCGGUGUCUCAGACUUCCAGUACUUCAGGAUAUCGUGAAUCGUAUCCUGUUAUGCACCUGAAGGAGACUUUGGAGUCUAGCCCCAAAGCGUUUCCACCUUUAGCCUCCCCAGAUUUUCAAGACUUGCCGUCAACCAGCAGCACCACGACAAAUAACUACCUGCAAUGUGACAACAGUUCACCUGAAUGCUCCUUGAAUGAGAAUGGGGAAAAAACUGCUUUGCUCAGUCAUACGGAGAGAUCAUCGUCUCAGCAGUCUUUGUUGGUGGUGUUCGAUCAGCAGGAUGAAACUACUCUUAUCUGAAAUUAAAUAUUGAGCUACUACUGUUAUAUGGUGUUAGAAAAAAGUACAUAUAUUAUAUUAGAUAAAGCAAAA